AUGGCGAAACGAAAGAGGCAAGAACCCGUUCUUAGCCACCCGACAAGCCGCAGCAAUGGCUCAGGGCCCAAUGGCAAGGUUUCCAAGAUAGCCAAAACCAACGGCCAUGUCGAUGUUAAGACAUCAACGCCUAUCAUCCAGAUCAUUGCUGGCUCAUACGAGCGUGUGCUCCACGGAAUCAGUGCCUCUAUAUCUAACGUCGGCGAUGAUGUCUUGCCAACGGUCGAGUUUGCGGACAGCUUUCUAUUCAACGCUCACGAUUCAUCCAUACGCUGCCUCGCUAUCUCCCCAUUGCCGGAUGCGUCGUCCUCCGACCAAGGUGUUUACCUCGCUACAGGCGGAUCCGAUGAGAAGGUCAAUGUUUUCAACUUGGCUGCUUCACCGAUGGCAAGCAACUCCGGCGUUCCUAUCAUGCCUACCCUCGGCGACACCAAGGUCUCUGAAAAUCCUCGCAAUCGGGAGAUAGGAGCUCUCCUAUCACACGCCUCGAACAUCUCAGCCCUACACUUCCCUUCACGAUCAAAACUUCUCUCCGCAUCUGAAGACAACACCAUCGCCAUCUCCCGCCUACGCGAUCUGACAACUGUGUCGACUAUCAAAGCUCCACGGCCAAAGGCCCUUGGCCAGCCUUCAGGCGAUACUGCUCCUCCUGGGGCUACGCCUGCGGGCGUAAAUGAUUUCGCGAUUCAUCCGUCCAUGAAAUUGAUGCUCAGCGUUGGACGAGGCGAGAAGUGCAUGCGUCUGUGGAAUUUGGUGACCGGGAAGAAGGCUGGCGUGCUCAACUUUGAAAAGCACGUGCUGCAGGGUGUCAAGGAGGGCAAGUACAGCGGAGGUGAGGGCAGGAAAAUACGGUGGAGUCCCAAAGGAGCAGAGUUUGUCGUGAGCUUCGAGAGAGGUGCAGUGGUCUUCGGCGAAGACAGCAAGCCGAAGUGCAGGGUGCUACCCAGUCCGCUUACGAAAGUGCACCAGAUGGCUUGGUUCGAAUUGCCGGGAAAGAAGGGGGAUGUGAUUCCGGUGCUGGCUGUUAGUACAGAAGACGGAAGAAUCAUAUUCUACAGCGCAGAGUCGACAGCCUCUGAACAAACAAAGGAUGAGCUACCGGAUGCGAAGGUGCUGAUGCAGUUGGGUGGGAAGGCGGCGGGUGUUGCUGGCAGGGUCAAGGACUUCGAGGUCUUAUCUGUCAACGGCGCUGUAGGUCAGACUAUCGUUGUGACGGCGAGCAGUGACGGCGCCAUCAGAGUCUGGUACCUGUCGUCAGAUGAGUGGCGGUCUGCUCAAGAGAACGCUGGUGGGCAAUGUGGAAAGCUCAUUGGUACCUACGAGACAGGCAACCGCAUCACGUGCUUGAGAGCUUUUACCAUGCUGCCAGCCAAGGCAGAUGAUGAAUUCGGCCUUUCAGAAUUUGAAGGCUUCAGUGGCAGUGAAGAUGAGAGCAGUGAGGAGGAUGGAGAUGCCGAGGAAUAA